UCGUCAAUACGUAAAUUGCCGAGCCGAACCGAAUCGUGUCCAUGUCAUUCUAUCAUGGCCGUUGUUUUCUAAGUUGGACCCAAAACCGACCCCGAAAUGCCGUUAUACGAGGCCUCUGUGUUCCCUGCUGUUAUUUUUGAUAUCGGAACAGCCUACACAAAAUGUGGCUUUGCAGGAGAGAUGGGACCAAGAUAUAUUAUUCCUAGUCAAGUGAAAAACAGACAGGGAGAGACUCAAAAUGUUUGGGAUUAUAAAAACAGCAAAGAACUUUACGAAAAUCUGAAAGAAUUUCUUAAGCAUUUAUAUUUCAGACACAUUACUAUGAAGUCUCAAGACCGAAGAGUUGUGGUUUGUGAAUCUUUAUUAUGUCCUACAGUAUUCCGUGAAACUUUGGCCAAAGUUUUGUUCCAAUAUUUUGAGGUUCCCUCUGUGUACUUUGUCCCUUCUCAUCUUACACCCCUCUACACACUCGGUAUAGGAUGUGGUUUAGUUAUGGAUGUUGGCUACAAAGAAGCUUCUGUAAUUCCUAUCUAUGAAUGGACACCAGUUUUGAAGGGACUUCAAAUAUUACCAUUGGCUGGUAAAGCUAUUCAUCAAAAUUUGAGGGUCCUUUUGGAAAAUUCUAAUAACGAAGCUGGAGAUGAUAAAGCUGCUGCUGUUAAGAGGCCACCAGUGGAUGACCUCACAGAAGAGGUUUUGGAAGAUAUUAAAGUUCGUUGCUGUUUUGUUACAAAUAUUAACCGAGCAAAGCAAAUAUUAGCAGUCUACUGUGGGAAAGAAGAUUCAAGCAAGUUGCCGCCUUCACCACCUGAUGUGGAAUAUCCAUUCAAUGGAGACAGUUUCCUACGUAUCAGCGGAAGAGUGAGAGAGGAGGCUUGUGAAAUUUUGUUUGAGCAGGAUAAUGAGGAGAUGUCACUAUCAACUAUGAUCUUGGAUUCUUUAAUUAAGUGUCCAAUUGAUACGCGUCGUGAAUUAGCUGAAAACCUUAUCAUCACAGGCGGAACUUGUCAGUUGCCUGGGUUUUAUAGUCGACUCCAGAAAGAACUUUAUGACCAAUUAAGCAAACCAAGAUACUCUGAGAAGCUAAAAAUUCAAGCUUUUAAGUUCCACCAGCCGCCUUGCAUUGAAAACUAUACUGCUUGGCUGGGAGGAGCAAUUGCUGGUGCCAUGAUUACCUUACCUGGCCGUUCUGUAUCUCGUGAAAGCUUUAUGGAAACCAAUACUUUACCAGACUGGUGUAAGCUUCUGGAGAAAACCGAGUAACUCUUCCAACAGAGUCUAGACUCCUUUUUGGCUGUUGUCUUUCUGUCAUAAUGUCAAUAUAGAACAAUGAAAUGCUUUCAUUAGCAACAACAACUCAUAACAGCAUGGGGAACAACAACAACAAAACCCUUUAAACAUAAAAAAGGAUGAAAUGUUUGGCAGUUUAUUUCUACUGGCAACAUUUGGUCUUAUGUUAUUACUAUAAAGGCCCAACUUUAUUUUUUUGUUUGUUCUGUGAAUGCUUCCUGGGUUGGUAGGUGGGACUGGGUCCUCCUGCUUAUAAUUAUUUUGAAGGGAUUAUUGUCUUGGUAAACAUCAAUCGUUUAACUGUAGAACAAACAAAUCCUACGGCUACAUGGAACGGAUAAUCUUUAUCCUCUUUGUACAUUUACAAAGGUGUGCUUUUACAUAAGUGUGUGCAUAGCAUAUAUAUAUAUAUAUAUAUAUAUAUAUAUAUGCUGUGUGUGUGUAAUAAAUGUCCGUGUGUGUGUGUAUAUAUAUAUAUAUAUAUAUAUAUAUGCAGUAUAUGUAUGUAUAUAUAUAUAGAUAGAUAAUAUGUAUAUAUGUGUGUAUAUAUAUAUAUAUGUAUAUAUAUAUAUGUAUAUAUAUAUAGAUAGAUAAUAUGUAUAUAUAUAUAGUAUGUGGAGAGAGAGAGAGUGUGUGUGUAUGUAUGACAAUCCAGGGUUGUGUAAUGUAGGUUUACAAAAGUUCACAGUGAUGAUAAUAUUUCUGUGAUUCCAUUUCACCCUUGAAUAUAAACAUGAAAUGUCCUUGGUUUCUGUUUAAGUAAUUCCGUUGCUUUUAAAUGCUCUUUGUUACCCAAUUCUGCUUAUUUAUUUCUUGCUUGCAUUCCUCCCCACUCUCUCUCACCUCCAGCCUACAAAGCUUCUUUUAACCUUCGUCUUGUUAACUUCAUGGUUAUAUGAACAACAGUCAUGAUGCUAAAAUUCCAAAUUGUUUUCAAACCAUUUCUGUGGCUACAGUGAAUACUUCAAUGAGGAAGCCACUACAAGGUUGUUCAGCCUGUAAGAAAUUGCAACUAAAUCUUCCACAAACUGCGACCAAACAUCUUAAAAAUAUAAAAUUAUAAAAUGAAGAAAAAUAUGUUUAUAUUGGUUAAUGUGGUCUGAACAAAUAAAUAUACUCUAUUAUAUGUA